AAAUUAUGCAUGAACAAUCAUAAGAAAGAACCGCGUACGCAAUCAUCAUUCAUCAAAGAGAAUCGAAAUCCAUAGUUAUUAGUCACUAACAGCUCAAUCACACUCACGGCACAGCAAGAUUCAAGCUUGCACCCAAAACCAAAUAACACAACAUGAUGCUAACAUAUGCAUACAAAUAUGAAUCCGAGCUACGUCCAUAGCAAAAGCUGCGAUAUCUAUUUCUCUGUUUUUCGCAUCAUUGGGGCAGUGAAAGAUAAAUAAAAAAAGAAGAAAGAGAAACAAUAAAGUGUAUUCAUUUCCAGUAAGAGAGAGAGAGUAAAGAAAGGGGUAAUAAAUAAAUAGAAAAGGAGGAGAGGGGAAUGCGAUGCUGGGAUUGAGUCAAAGGCGAAGAAAGAGUGAAAUAGUAAAUCUAUGAUCUAUCUACAUGGGUGGUGGAGGAACACUCGUGGAAGGGAUUCGACGCUUGUUUCAACGACGCGCUUCUGCUUCUGCUGAAGACCACAGCAAUGCCAAUAAUAGCCGCGUUUACGUGAGAGAUUUGCGCGCGCAAUUAGCCUCGGUUCCCGACCAGGAUCGCCAAACAGACCUUACUGUUCAACAAGAUUUUGAUUUUGAUUUUGAUUUCUCUUCCUUGAAGCCCAUCAAAGUCCCCACGCAAGCCCUCUUCAGACCUUCUUUCAUGGAUUCUCACAAAAAGGGUGCACCAGAAACAGAGUUUUUUACAGAGUAUGGGGAGGCAAGUCAAUACCAGAUCCAAGAAGUUGUUGGAAAAGGAAGUUAUGGUGUUGUGGGUUCUGCCAUUGACACUCAUACUGGUGAAAAGGUUGCAAUCAAGAAAAUUAAUGAUGUUUUUGAACAUGUAUCGGAUGCCACUCGGAUCCUUAGAGAAAUUAAACUCUUGCGGUUGCUCAGACAUCCUGAUAUUGUAGAAAUUAAGCAUAUUAUGCUUCCUCCAUCUCGGAGAGAGUUCAGGGAUAUCUAUGUCGUGUUUGAGUUGAUGGAAUCUGACCUUCAUCAAGUAAUUAAGGCAAAUGAUGAUCUUACUCCGGAGCACCACCAAUUUUUCUUGUACCAACUUCUCCGGGGCUUGAAAUAUAUACAUACAGCAAAUGUGUUUCAUCGUGAUUUGAAGCCAAAAAAUAUUCUUGCUAAUGCUGAUUGCAAAUUGAAGAUAUGUGAUUUUGGACUUGCUCGAGUUUCAUUUAAUGAUGCUCCAUCGGCUAUAUUCUGGACUGAUUAUGUUGCAACUCGGUGGUACCGUGCACCUGAACUAUGCGGUUCUUUUUUCUCAAAAUAUACCCCUGCAAUUGAUAUUUGGAGCAUUGGAUGCAUAUUUGCAGAAAUGCUCACUGGGAAGCCAUUAUUUCCUGGGAAAAAUGUUGUGCACCAAUUGGACCUCAUGACUGAUUUGCUUGGCACUCCUCCUCCUGAGUCAAUUUCGAGGAUUCGAAACGAGAAAGCUAGAAGGUAUCUUAAUAACAUGCGAAAAAAGCAACCAGUUCCAUUGUCCCAAAAAUUUCCAAAUGCAGAUCCGUUGGCUCUUCAUCUGCUGGAGCGCCUACUUGCAUUUGAUCCUAAAGACCGUCCAACAGCUGAAGAGGCGUUAGCUGAUCCUUACUUCCAUGGUUUGGCGAACGUGGACCGGGAACCAUCCACUCAACCCAUUUCAAAACUUGAGUUUGAGUUUGAGAGAAGGAAAUUGACCAAGGAUGAUGUUAGAGAGUUGAUUUAUCAAGAGAUUUUGGAGUAUCAUCCUCAGAUGCUCCAAGAAUAUCUUCGUGGUGGAGAGCAAACUAACUUCAUGUAUCCAAGUGGGGUUGAUCGGUUCAAGCGACAGUUUGCACAUCUUGAAGAGCAUUAUGGCAAAGGUGAACGAAGUACUCCGUUGCAGAGACAGCAUGCUUCCUUACCUAGAGAACGAGUUUGUGCUCCCAAGGAUGAAAAUAAUCAAAAUAACGAUUUUGAAAGGCCGACUGGAUCAAAUCUUCAAAGUCCUCCAGGGUCUGAAGUAACAGAUGCGCAAAAUGGAACCUCAAAACCAAACUGUAGUGCACGUAGCUUGUUGAAGAGUGCCAGUAUCAGUGCCUCCAAGUGUAUAGAAGUGAAACGAAAUAAAGAUCCAGAGGAGUCAAUUGCGGAGGUGAAUGAGGAGACAGUGGAUGAAUUAACAGAUGAGGUUGCUGCUCUGAAUGCUUUGAUGUAGCUUCCUUUCCGAUAAGGGAAAGAGCCGGUGGUUUGAAGAACUACAUGGAAAUCCUUUACGUUGUUAGUGGUAGAAGCGUAAUCUAGGACUCCAUAGUCAUGAACUGCUAAUGCUGUUUUGUAUUACUGCUGUAAGUUUUGUAAUUAAGCAUUAAUUUGUGUACCGAAACGCAAUGUAUACUACUUAUAAUUUAUAAUGAAGCAACACGAAUGAACGAUUUCAG